AUGUCCUACCCGCCCCCCCCCGGCACCUCCUCCUCCUCGCUCCCCCCUCGCCCUCCCCCCCCAGUGCGCACCUACCAGUCCGCGCCCACCAGCACCUUCUCCGGCUUCCGCCCGCGCUCGCUCGCCGCCCCCUCCCCCAUCGUCUCGGCGCCGCAGCACCACCCCUACCACCAGCAGCCCCCCCCCUACACGCAGCCGCCCUACCCCGGCGCCGCCGCCGCGCCCACAACCUACGCGCCCGCCACCUACAGCGCGCCCACGACCACGACCCCGCACAUCAUCAACCCGUUCCCGCUGCCGCAGGCCUCCGCGCCCUACCGCCGCGCCGACCCCCGCUACCCCGACCUCGACCCCGAGCUGCAGGCCCAGAUCGCGCAGCAGCAGUCCAUCUACGACCCUGCUGCGCGCGCCGCCGCAUCCACUUCUGCCUCUGGCGCGGCGCAGAAGACCGCGGACGCGGAGUAUGCGAAGCCGGUUGUUGGCGGUGGCGGUGGCGGUGGCGGUGGGGCGGGGGGGGGGAAUAGGAAUGCGCCGACGGUGCUGCGGCAGGGCGGUGGCCAGACGUGGACGGAUGGGACGCUGCUGGAGUGGGAUCCGAGCCAUUUCCGCUUGUUUGUGGGGAACCUGGCGGGGGAGGUUACCGACGACUCGUUGCUCAAGGCGUUUGCAAAGUAUCCGAGCGUGCAGAAGGCGAGGGUCAUUAGGGAUAAGCGGACGACGAAGAGUAAGGGGUAUGGCUUUGUGGCCUUCUCGGAUGGCGAUGAGUAUUUCCGCGCGGCGAGGGAGAUGAAUGGGAAGUAUAUUGGCAGCCACCCGGUGCUGCUCAAGAGGAGCAAUACGGAGAUUAAGCCCGUGGUGGUGGGCGGGGCGCGGAAGGGGAAGGAGGGGGGCGUGCUGGGGGGACGGGUCGAGAAGAAGAAGAAGAAGAAGGGCAGGGGGGAGGAGAGGAAUGUGUUGGGGUAG